CACUCAGUUACCUUACCUUACCUUAUCAGGAAGAGUAGACGUUGCAGCUCAGGGGAAAAUCCAGGAAGAAGAGAAGGCAGUCAUGUGCCUGCAAAAACAAUACUGACACCCAUUGUUUAGAUCAGCCGUGUGCAAGCUGAAGCGUCAGGAAAACAGAAAUGGGGCCCUUAGCAAUAACUCCACUCCUUGCCCUGAUCUCACUAACUGUAGCCCUAGACAACGGAUUGCUGAAGACUCCACCUAUGGGAUGGAUGGCCUGGGAACACUUUCGCUGUGAUAUUGACUGUAAAAAUGACCCAGAGAACUGCAUCAGUGAGGAUCUGUUCAGAGACAUGGCUGACCGGCUGGCUGAGGAUGGCUGGAAGGAGCUGGGCUAUGAGUAUGUAAUCAUAGACGACUGCUGGAUGUCCAUGCUGAGAGAUGAACAAGGGAGGUUGCAGCCUGAACCCUCCAGGUUCCCAGGGGGCAUUGCAAAACUGGCGAGGUAUAUCCAUGACCGUGGACUGAAGAUGGGCAUCUAUGCAGACAUGGGCACUCACACAUGUAUGGGAUUCCCUGGCACCACACUGGAUAAAAUCGAGAUUGAUGCCCAGACCUUUGCUAGCUGGGGGGUAGACUAUCUGAAGUUUGACGGUUGUAACUCAAAUCCUGUAGAACAAAGACUGGGUUACCCUCUGAUGUCCAAGGCUUUGAAUGCUACAGGCAGACCUAUGGCCUACUCCUGUAGUUGGCCUGCCUACCUGGGAGGACUUCCACCUAAUGUGAACUACUCUCUGCUGGGGGAUGUUUGUCACCUGUGGAGGAAUUACUAUGAUAUUCAGGACUCAUGGGACAGUGUGCAAGGCAUCAUUGAGUGGUUCUCUAACAACCAGGAUGAUCUGCAGCCGGCUGCGGGACCUGGACGAUGGAAUGACCCUGACAUGCUCAUCAUUGGAAACUUUGGUCUCAGUGUGGACCAGGCUCGCUCUCAGAUGGCUCUGUGGGCUAUAAUGGCUGCACCUCUCAUCAUGUCUAAUGAUCUUCGAAACCUGGACAACAGCGCGAGGGCCAUCCUGCAAAACAAAGUGGCCAUUGCCAUCAACCAGGACCCCAUGGGUAUCCAGGGAAGACUCCUGUUGCAGGAGAAGAGUCAUAUUGAGGUUUACUGGAGGCCUUUGUCUCAUUCAGCCAGUGCCCUUGUGUUCCUGAGUCGACGGACAGACAUGCCCUACCUCCACCACACUUCUCUAGCUAAACUCAACUAUGAUGCUGGCAACUAUGAAGCCUGCGAUGUGUUUACUGGCUCGACAGUGACCGGGUUGAACGCCACCACAGAGUUUACACUCUCCAUCAAUCCCUCAGGUGUUGUCAUGUGGUACGUCUACCCAGAACAACAGUCCAAACAGACUGAGACACUCCACUAUCAGCACAGGAGAGCCUCACAAUUCACAUUCCAUAAAGCUAAACCUGGACAUCAUACUGUGUUAUAAAAGAACAAAAAUGCUAAGCUGGGAUUUUAUGGAAUCAUUUAAAAUGCUAACAGGCUCAAUAAAAGCCAUGUCAACUUGA